CUCCUCCCAUAAUCCUAACUUUUUCUAUAGGAAAUAUAUUUUUUUAUUCAAUCUACCAUCUUUCUCUGGUCAUUUCUGAUUUAUUUUUUUUCCCUCAAUUUUUUCCCUCUCCCAUCCCACUCCAUAACGAGACACUGCACCACCAGAAAAUCGCACUAUACACGAAAUGGCGUAGGGCGCAUCCCAACGCCGCAGCUAUAAUAUUCUUGCCCUGCCCCCCCCUCCGAUUCUCUGACCGCAUGACAGAUCGCUCCCACUGGCUACUACUCUUCUCUUCUCGAUGAUCGAGUGCGGUCUGCAAAGAGUUGAUUGUCGAUUUGGUUUUGCUGCUCUUUCGUGUGUCAAGAUUCCUCACUCCCGGUCCAGACCGGACUACUCCCGUCUUCCCCUCGGCCCUGCCGAAACUCCAGGUUCUAUAUAACUUCCCCACCGCGCCUGGUUUCUGCCUCGCAACACCAUUUCCACUCGUGCAUCACCGGCGAUUUCCCGCCAAACACUUUCAGAAGUGUUCCCGAUCUAGGCUUUGCAGAUUGACCCAUUUCAUCAUCAUCUCAUCGUCUAUCUUUCCUCGUGAUUCUUGAUUUCCCAACCCUUGACCACCCCAGUCCCUGCAACCUGAAUGCGACCUGUCUUCGCUGCCUGCUUUUCGGUUUCCCCUUGCAGCAUCACCCGGGUGCACUAUUCGACGCGUUGCCUGCUGCUUCAACUUCCGAGGGUUCGCACGUUGGGGUUAAUGCCGCAGUCCCAACCUUAUCGCUCGAGCCUCCAAAAUAUCCGACUCGAGAGUGCCUAAGCUUGCCAACCAAGAAAGAGAUAUAGAUGUCGACGCAACCCGCCGACUCCGACUUUGUGCUCUUCCCGCAAAACAUCGACACCGCCGCCCCACAAUCCAAGAUGCUCGCGGUCGAGGCUGCCAGACCGAAACAAUCUGCAUACUUCCAGACCAUGGCUAUGGACCCUAACUUCGUCGACAUGUUCUCGUAUUCCAUGGACGUCCCACCAUACCCCCAGACGCACACGCACACCGACUUCUCCCGAGUCCCACAAUCCUACUUUGAGGGACCGUCCGUCUUCGCCGAGUCGGACUUUCACCAGACCUCAACUUUCCCUUCUAUGCCCGCAACGCCACCUUCCGCUCCUGCUUCAUACUCGACUGAGCACCACAUUCCCACCGGCUCUGCGGCCUCGGGGCCCUCCAUUGCGAGUGCACCUUCUUCUGCAUUGGGCUCUCCGUACUCGGGGAGCGCGCAAGUCGUUCAGGAUAACUGGAUGAACACGAAUCACGGCCUCGGUCUACCUGCCGCCGUCAUGAACGAUCUGUUUGCCAAUGAUUAUAGCCACAUGGGCGGCCAGGUCGAUAUGGACGGGCUCUACCAUGAAAAGUUCCCAGACACCUUUGUCGACCCUUCUCUUAUCCAGCCAGUUCAAUCCGGCCCUGGCUUCACUCCUACCAUCUCCUAUCCCGAUCAAUCAUCAUAUGUCUAUCCUACCGCGCCUAUUAACUUUGCUCCCCAUUCUCCCGUCGCCUCUCCCGUGCCCUAUAGCGACAACCUAGAGCCGCAACGGGCAUCUCCACUCAUGGUGCCGGGAACCUCCCACUCACGACCGGUCUCGGUCUACGACCGCCGGUCAUCCAUCUCCUCUAUCCACUCCCGCCACUCCCACCGGAGCCCCGCGCUCAGCAGCAUUGAAGCCGACGACGAGGUUCACCAAAAGGGUCGUUGCCCACAGCCAGACUGUGGUCGCGUCUUCAAGGACCUCAAGGCACACAUGCUCACCCACCAAUCCGAACGGCCAGAGAAGUGCCCGAUCACGACCUGCGAAUAUCACACCAAGGGCUUCGCCCGCAAAUACGACAAGAACCGCCACACAUUGACCCACUACAAGGGUACGAUGGUGUGCGGCUUCUGCCCUGGCUCUGGCUCCCCCGCCGAGAAGAGCUUUAAUCGCGCCGACGUCUUCAAGCGCCAUCUCACCUCGGUGCACGGUGUGGAGCAAACCCCUCCCAACUGCCGUAAGCGCAGUCCCACCGGCUCGACUCAGAAGGGUAUGAACUACGGCAGCGAUGCCACGGGCAAGUGCUCGACUUGCUCGGCCACUUUCAGCAACGCCCAGGACUUCUAUGAGCAUUUGGACGACUGUGUGCUGCGCGUGGUGCAGCAGGAAGAGCCUUCCGAGGCGAUUAACCAACAGCGGCUGGCCGAAGUCGCUGCUGACGAGGAGGUGCAAAAAACCAUGGAAAAACACCAAUUGUUGGACGUGGCUGGCCCCGUUGACGCCCUUGACGAUAAUGACUCUCAUGACGAUGACGAUUCCCACGACCCCUCCUCUUGGCGCGCCGGUCGCGGCGCUCCCAAGUCCACAAAAGCCUCCGGUCACUCCUCAAGGCCCAUUAUUGGCUCUGCCAAUGCCAUCUCGAAAUCCGGUGCCGGGUCGACAGCCAAGAACGGCGGUCGUGCCGUUGCUACUCGCCGUCGCAAUAACCGCGGUAAUUACCCGCAGUCUUGGGGCUGCCCAAACUCCAGCAUGAAGACUAAGAAGCGUGUGCUGUGUGUGUUUGAUGGUCAGCGCCGCUUGUGGAAGGACGAGAUGGUGCUCAAUAAUGAAUUUGAGGUCCGUCUGCGUCUUCCCGGUGGGGCUGGCGAUGGAACUCAUCGUGAUGCCUAUGUCACGGAUCUCGACGUCGAGACUAUGAAGCGUGUCGAAGGUGUACACAGCGCAAAUGAGGCAGAGCGCGGCCCUUGGAUUGAGGGUCCCGUCUCCCACCUCAUGGGCCAACCUGCGAUGUUGCUACCAGAUAUGUGCCAGCCGCAAGAUGAUGAGAUUUCUUUGAAUGAACUCAUGGCUUGAGCGAGCUGAUUCCAUUUCCUCCCCCCCCUCUUUCUCCUACUCCUCUCAUCUUCCCAUUCUCCCCUCUCCUCCCUCCUUUUCCUUGUGUUCUUUUCUUUUCUCUUGAUGUCUCAUGUUUCCGUAUACCAGCGAGCGGCGUCUGAACGAGCAAUUUGUCUGAAUACGGAUUACCAGUGAUACCUUUGGCUUCGAUGUGUUCGAUAUGAUGUUUGAGGUUUUCGAUUUUUGACUGGUUUCAUUGUUGGGUUAUCGAGCCCUUCUUCUUUAUACUUUGAUUGCCUUGACUGCUACCGACCCAAUCCUGGCUGGUACAGGUGAUGAUGGGCGGGACGACUGAAAAUAUUCAAACCCAAUACUUUUAUUUAAUGAGAAUAUGCUCAUGAUGAUACUGCUUCCAUCCUGAAAGUAAAGUGUAAUUCUAAAAUUCGAUCUA